AGCAGGUGCAUCAUUCACUGAUCCUACUCCGUCCACGAUGCACGCCUCUGUAGCUAGACGCUCGUUGGGAGCUCUCAUCCCUCCUAAAAUAGCGACUCCUGGAGCCGUCUCAUCUGGAUCCACCUCUGCUCGAACUGCCAACGUUGUUGAAUUCUACUCUCGGUUACCCAAGGGAAGCGCUUCUGCUAGCUACAACAACAGUAUCAAGAACAAAUACUUCAACCAGGCCAGAGGUACCGCUUUAGGAUACACCGUUGUCGGAAUGUUCGUCAUGGGAUACUCUAUCAGCUACUACCUCCACCUGCGUCACCACAAGACUGGACACCACUAGAGAGAGCACGGCACUGGAAUUGUGGGCAUUGGGAGUGUGAGAUAGCGGAAGGAACCGAGACGGAGACAGCAGCAGACAUGCUUCUCUGGUCUGAAAUGCAUCGGUGUCCGAAAGAGAA